CCAUUUUACCGAUUCAGAAAGCCGGUGUCGCAGCGUGGUAACUCUACACAACAGCGGGACUUGGCUACAUCGUUGUGUCUUAAAUUUCGUUUCCGUUUUAAACCAUUAUAUCAACGUUUCUGUGAUUGAUAUUUACUACCGAGCGAAGUCUGCGUGGUUCAACGGACAGAACUGAACACGGACCUCGCGAAUACCUUCGCUAUAUGAGAAAGGAUUUUCACCGCAUUUGUCCUACUUCGGCAACGUGGAUACUCGGCGGCAUCACUCGCAUUCGACGUUGGAAUUCGACCUACAUUUCGGAGUAAUCGUGGGAAAUCAUUUGAUUUGCGGAUUAUAAGGAUGCUUCUAUCAAAAUUAAACUCUUUCACCCAUAUUUCCACCGUCGACAUGCCGGCGAAAAUCCAGCUUCAAGUUCAUCAAGUUAAAGAAAGGGAGCCCUUCGAGAAGAUUUACCAGGUCGGCUCUGUUUUGGGAAGCGGAGGCUUCGGCACAGUCUACACUGGCUUGAGGAUUGCUGACGGAGCGCCGAUUGCCAUCAAGCAUGUUGCAAAAGAUCGGGUGACUGAAUGGGGAGAAUUGCCCAACGGUACUCGCGUCCCAAUGGAAAUCGUUCUCCUAAAGAAAGUGGGAAAUGGAUUUCGUGGCAUUAUAAAGAUGUUGGAUUGGUACGAACGACCAGACAGCUUCAUCAUCGUCAUGGAGAGACCGGAGACCGUUAAGGACCUUUUUGAUUUUAUCACGGAGAAAGGUGCCUUACCAGAAGAGCUGGCCAAGAACUUUUUCCGCCAGGUACUUGAAGCAGUGCGGCAUUGCCACAAUUGCGGUGUGGUGCACAGGGACAUCAAAGAUGAAAACAUAUUGAUUGAUCUACGGACCGGCGAGAUGAAACUCAUCGACUUUGGCUCUGGGGCACUACUCAAGGACACUGUUUACACUGAUUUUGACGGCACCCGUGUGUACAGUCCACCUGAAUGGAUCAGACACCACCGUUACCAUGGGCGGUCGGCGACAGUGUGGUCACUGGGUAUCCUGUUGUAUGAUAUGGUCUGCGGUGACAUCCCAUUUGAGCAGGACGAGGAGAUUGUGCGUGGGCAGGUGCUCUUCAGGAGACGGGUGUCAGCAGAAUGCCAGCAGCUGAUUAAGUGGUGCCUGUCCCUGAGGCCCUCUGAGAGGCCGUCCUUCGAGGACAUAUUCAACCACCCGUGGAUGCAGAACGCCACCACCCCCCUCGGCACAGACGGCACUGAGAUCCGCCUGCAUAGCCUGGCGCACGAGUCCACGCCCUUCCCCACAGUCAACGUGGGAAGCAAGUAACCGUGGCAACAGUGCGUCACGGCACCACGGCCGCCCUCUGGUGAACUCCCUUCGCCAACAGAGGCCCUGAAAUGUGACUCCCAAGCCAGCCCUCUGUCGGUCAGAGGAGAAUGGGCUGAGCGCACAACGCGCACUUGUCAGAAUGGCAAUAGAUGCACCUGCACUGUAGAGAUGGUUAAGAACCAAACCUGUUCAGUCACUUGGGCACAGUAAGAAAGGGGGGGCGGAGUCUUUGUCAUCUUUUCAGACUGUAACAGAGAUGAGGUCUGUCAUAAUAGUGGGUACCUUGUGUUUGUUUUGUGACGGACCAAGAUGAGAAUGUUAGUAAGUUACCUGAGCUGCUAAAGUACUACUGUCAGUUACAGCAGUCUGGAAGGCUCCCUACCUGUAGCGGUGCCCGGGAGAGCCAGAGUGAGGGGUUACGCGGCCCUCUAGUUCAGUGCCUUCUCUGUGUGUGUGUUUUUACUGUUGGGGAUGUUGGAUCUACUUGAAAUGAAUAGCCACACCACUACUUCUUGUUCUCUUUCAACACACUUUAGGGUUUCCCUUUUCCUCCACCAUAAUCUGCAGCAAGCAGUCUGCGGUUAUGCACAACAACACUUACUCAAUGCUGACCAGAUAACCUCAUGAGCAAUCUGUGCAACUCAGAAACAGACGUACCUCGCUUUCUCUGCCUCUCUCUCUUUCUCUGCCUCUCUCUCUCUCUCUCUGCCUCACUCUAUCCCAUGGUCCCCCUAUACAACCGCCACCCACAUAGUCACGUAUGCACACUGCAAUGCAAAUACAAUACUGACAACCUUAUGUUCUGAUCUUUUGUUAAUAUUUUUGUAAAUAUGUAAAAUAUAUGAAUAUAUAUUUUUUUGUCUUGAGCCUCAAAAGGCCAAGACAAUACAGUGUAAAUAAUAUUUAUUUGAGUGAGGUCAAUAUUUUGUCUUUUCUUGCAAAAGAUGUGGAUUUAUUUAUUUGUAGAGAAUUUUGAAUUUUUUUUCAUUCCACUCUGAAGGGCCCACAUAUUAUUUAAAACCUAUUUUUACCAUAUUUAAGGGUUUAUGAAUAACCUUCAAAGCACUUGUGUCUCUCAAUGCAUGGUGUAUUGAAAGUCUGCUGACAAUUUUUUGUGUCUCAGUUCAGAAUGUUCUUGAAUGAUUGAGUGUGUGUGUAUGAGUGUGUAUGAGUUUACAUGGUUUUCACCUCUAGUUGCAUGAGUGCAGCUUGGAUUUUUUUUUUUCUGUCAACUGAAUUAGCAAUGUAAAUUAAAUUUAGGAACUUAUUUUUUAUACAGUUUCAAUAAAUAUUUUUUUAAACUUGAA